AUGCCCGACAAAGACGCCUCCACGCCCCGCGUCUUCCUCCUCCGUCACGGCGAGACAGAGUGGAGCAAGAGUGGCCAAUUCACCGGAACUUCCGACAUACCACUAACAGGCCAUGGCGAAGACCAAGUCAAAGCAACGGGGAAUAUGGUGUAUGGCCCCGAGAAACUGAUUGAUCCGAAGAAGGUCGCGAAAGCCUGGGUCUCGCCAAGAACGAGAGCGAUCAAGACCUACGAGCUUUUGACUGGAAGCAAAGAAGGCUAUGAGGUGUCGGAGAGUCUGGCGGAAUGGGGCUAUGGUCAGUACGAAGGGUUGAAGACUCAGCAGAUUCGGGAUCUGAGGAAGUCGCAUGGGCUGGAUCAGGAGCGGCCUUGGGAUAUUUGGACGGAUGGAUGUGAGGAUGGGGAAACACCUGGGCAAGUCACAGCCAGAGUCGACGCUCUAAUAGCCCAAAUCCGAGAGCUGCAAGCACCGCACAUGAAAGAUGACGAGCCAAAGGACGUGAUCAUCAUCGCACACGGCCACCUCACUCGAGCUUUCACUAAGCGAUGGUUGGGAUACGAUAUGUCGUUUCCCUUGAGUCUGAUGAUGGAGCCGGGAGGUGUGGGUGUGCUUUCUUACCAGCAUCACUCAAUCGAAGAGCCGGCUUUACUUCUAGGCAUAGGAUUUCCUUUGUAG